CGAAUUUACAUGCUGCGGGGAGUCGGAGUGAGGCUUCUAUGGAGGGGAAGUGGUCGACAGUGAGACUGACGGCGGUGGCUCGGGCGCGAGGGGGGGGGGGAGCUUACGGUGGCGGCGGCUGGGUCGAGCACUGGCGGCUAGUCGCGCGGGGCGCGGAGGCGGAGGGUCGCACGGGAGGGCGGAGGCGGCCGCCGCGCGGGGGUGACGCCGACGGGAAUGGAGUGGAGAGGGCGCCGACCGUAAUGGAGAGGAGAUGGCUGGGGAGUUGCUCUCAUUCGAGAGAAUGAAGGGGUUGGGGCGGCUGAUAUGUUCAAGUAAGUAGGGUUUGGGGUGUGGUAUGUGUUAAUUUUUUUUUUUUUUUUUUUUGCUUCAGUGGGGAUUCGAAAACUGGUGUGGUCUAAUGAAAUCAAGCACCCAACAAGUAGGAAUCCCUUGUGCAACAUGUUCAAGAAUAAGAUCCAAAUCAAUAAGUUGUUGUUUCUCAUAUUUUGGCCUCGUUGUGCAACUCUGAUUCACAACAUAAAAUAAAAACCCAACAAACACAAUUUUUUUUCUUGGUUUUAUAAAUUUCUUAAAACACA